AUGUAUUCGAUAAAUUCUUGUCUCUUAGAUUAUAACGUAAGUGGCCUCCGUCGAGGAUUCGGACGUCUCAAAGAUAUUCGAUACGAAAAAGUGGAACCAGGCAAACCGUCUUUGAUAGUGAAUUCGUCGAAUUUUGACAAGAGCGAAGAGGCAAUAUUUACUUCGACAAAUCACGUACUAAAAGAAUUAAAUAAAGUGGAACUGAGAAAACGAUUCGUCAUUGUUCAUACAGAAAAAUAUAUUUAUAUCAUUGGUGGGUAUAUUUAUGAUCAUCGUGUUCCAGCAAGAAUGAGACCUUCAAGUGAUUAUAAGUACGAUAUUCAAACUUGUAAAUUGAUUUCUACAACGGCUCUGCCGAAUGGAGCUAUUGGUUUUGGAUUAUGUGCUGAUACAGAUUGCAUCUAUGUCGUUGGUGGCAAUGAUCUCACAAAUAAGCCAUUAUGUGAUUGUUACCGUUUAGUUGUACAGAAUAGUGGCGAAACAUGGACGAAGUUAUCUGAUCUUCCAGCACCUACAAGUGGACCUGGUGUCGGUGUAUACAAUGGUGAAUUGCAUUGUAUCGGAGGAUAUGAUGUUCUCGGAAAUGAAUUUCUUCCUCAUGGUGAAUAUCUGGUACUCCGUUACUUACAAAAUGAACCAUGGCAAUAUAGGCCUGAGAUGGAACAAAGUCGUGCUCGACCGUUAGUUUUCAUUCUUCCUGAUAGUACUACAGCUCAAUACAAUGUUUACGUCGCCGGUGGUUUCAAAAUCAAUUCAAUCACUCAGAAGCCGUAUUUAAUACCUGAUGUACAAGUAUUCACUCAACAAACACAACGUUGGCAAGGUAUAACAACAAUCCCAGACUUAGAAAUAACACACGAAUUAUCAUUUGAUAAGAAUAUGUUACAUGUCACUGAAACAAUCGAAAUGCCCAAUGCAACACCUAAAACAAAUCUUUUAAGAAGUUUUGACAUUAUAAACCGCGUUUGGACUGAUAAACCGAAUGAAAGUGUUCACCGACAACUUCAAGAACAAGAUCCAAAGUCGAUGACUUCGUCAACUAUCAUUAAAUCAAAUACAGUCAAAAUGGGUGAAGAAAUCAAACAUCAAGAUGUCGAACUUAAAAUCGUCGAAUAUAAAAAUCAAACCGGAUAGUGGUUAAGUAGCCUAUUGCAUGUCCAAAUUCUGACGCCAGCACUAAUUGCUAGAUAA